GUCAUCGCUCGUUCAGUCGUUCCCAAACAACGGACGGGGACCUCCCAAAGUCCCAUCUCUCCCUCUCCCCUUCGAUACCCGACUGGGCCUCCUCGACUGAGUGCCAGCGCCCCGUCUCAUGCUCCUCCGCCCCCGCCUCGUCCGCGCUCCCCUCCGCCACGCCUCUCACCGCGCUGCCUUCUCCUCCAGGUCCCUCGCUCCCCGCGGCAGCGAUGCAGAUGCCAACUCCGACGCCGCCGCUUCAGAUGCGAUCGUUCGCCUCGUCGCCGCAGGUGGCAGCAGCCUCGAGGCCGACUUCGAUCGCCUCGACCCCGCUCUCUCCCACGCCCUCGUCGCCAGAACCCUCCGCGCGCUCACGGAUAGUGGCGUGCCCGCGGAGCGCUUCUUCGCUUGGGCGUCCCUCCGCAGGGGCUUCUCCCCCAGCGCCCACGCACACAACCUGCUCAUCGAGAAUGCCGGGAAGCUGGCCGACUACCGGGCGAUGUCGCGCGCCCUAGCGCUCAUGUCGCAGCGGAGGCUUCCGCUGACCGAUCGCGCGUUCGCCUUCUUGGCGCCGUCGGGAUCGUCACGGAGCAGCUGCGUCGAGGAUGCGGCGAGAGCGGUCCUUCGGGUUUUGGACGAUGUCGGCGGGCCCUGCCGCGCGUCCGGCGUGUUCUCGCUUGUCAAGGCGCUGGCUUCCACCGGCGAGUUCGACGCUGCGGUGUCAGUGAUCGAGGAGACACGGAGGAUGGCGCGCUACUUCAACGUCGUCGUCGCGGCUAAGUGUAAAGCCGGCAACUUUGUUGGCGCCCGCGAAGUGUUCGACGAAAUGAGGAAGUCGGGAAGCGCCCCGAACGCGAACACCUGGAACUGCCUCCUCGGCUGCUUGCUCAAGAACGGGAGGCUCGCAGAAGCGUGCGGCCUUGUUGAGUCCAUGGAGAGGUCUAAACCCGGUGAAGUCCCAGACUCACUCACAUACGAGAUUCUCACAUACCACGCCUGCAAGGCUGGAAAGAUGGAUUCAGCAAUGCAGAUUCUUGAUCAGAUGUUCUCAGCAAAUCUGACGCCCAGGAUCACCAUACACUCUGCGUUCAUCAAGGGGUACUUCUACGCUGGGAGAAUAGAGGAUGCCCAAAAGUAUGUCGAUGACAUGAGCACCAGGGACAGGCAUUCUGUGAAUCGGAACUACAGCCUGCUCGCAAAACUGCUUCGCAAGUCAGGGAGGACCAUUGAUGCGGGCAGGGUUCUGUAUGAGCUGAUGGAGAAGGGCCUCAGGCCUGACCAUUCUGCUUAUGUUAAAGUGGCCAAAGAUCUGUACAAGAUGGGUAGGGGGGAUCUGGCUUCUGAAUUGAAGUUGAUGUUUCAAAGGUUCAGUGUGCAGGCAGAUACAGGGCAAUGAUGUGUUUAGGAUUGGCAUCGGCAUCUGCUAUUUAGUUUGAGUGAAACUUGCCUGUACAUAGAAGACACAUGUGGCGCCUGCCUCUAGCAUAUGUGCCUCAAAUGAAUCAUGAACACAAGCUCAAUAUAUUUGAUGGAUGAAUUUAUUUAUGUAUUUGCUUUGGGCAAACAAUUGAGUGCGAAAUAUCAGAUAGUGGUCAUAUAAACAAGAAGCGUGUGACCAGUGAGCUUGCGCUAAGGUUGAAUGGAUGAUGGAACAAUCAUGAGAAAUAUUUGUUUGACUCACUGAAACUGAUGGUGUUGCAGUGGCCGCACAUGUCACACUUUCUGAAAAAUCCGGGUGCAGUAUAUGCAAGUUCUUUGGCAUUGAUUUUAGAUAAUCUGCAAGGAAAAAAGCAUCGUUACCUUUUCUCAAUU